AUGUUUCUUGGUUAUUGUCUUUAUUGGGAUUCGAAGCAAAAGAUGGCUUUUGAGGAGUGCUCAGAUCAAGAAAUGAUUCUAGUUCUAGCGAUGCCUUAUAAAGAGGGCCUAGUGAUGCCUAAUAGUGGGUGGCGUGGGCAAGAAAUGUCUCUUGCUUAUUGCCUUUUCUUAGGGUUCGAGACAAGAAUAGUUUCUUGUUUACUGCGAUUAAGAAUUGCCUUUGAGGUGAAAGAUAGUAUUGAGGGCUCGUUGGGAUUGUCCAGGUCAAGAAUCGCUGCUGGUUUCACCCAAGACUACGGUGGUGUACAGCUCGCACAAAGCUUCGAAAUCGAAGUAUUGUGA